UUAAAGUCCUACUUGAUACCUAAAUGCCUCCAAAAUCUAAAAAACCGCCAGCAAAAGCUGAUCCUCCGAGUAAGGAUGCGGCAAAGGAAAAAGUGAAUCAAGCUCCCAAGAAGCGGAUAGUGAAGAAUGGUAAUGCCAACUCCAAUUCAGCUGGAUCAGGAUCAACCGCAGUCGAAUCAGAGCGGAAAUCACUGUUUGGCGAUUGGACAGGAAAAACUCCUUCCACACUUUUAUACGAACACUGUCAAAAGAACCAAUGGGAGAAACCUGUUUUUGAAGUUGGUCGGACAAGGGAAGGAUUCGUUUCCACUGUUGUUUUGGGCAAACAUAACAAAAAGACCUCGCAAGUCGAUCAAGUCAAGAUGUCCCCACCCUUCCUUUUUAUGCCUACUGCAGUGGAAGCAAGACAUGUAGCAGCAACAUACGUACUGCAUCGUGUUAAUUCUCAUAUGCCAAUGUAUCGCAUAAUGCCUCCACAACAUCGGGAUAUGUGGCUCAAUUUGGAUAAAGAAAAGACAAAGCAGAACGAGUGGAUGUAUUCGUCUGAUCCAUUCAAUGCUCGGCCACCAGAACCCAAACGGCAAAAUUUGGUUGAUAGAUCAAUCUCGAAAGAGUCAGACAACAGAUCUGUUCCAAUGCCGGUAUCAAAGACAUUUGGCGAGAAACCGAGAGAGGAUGCUGAUGUUCCCGAAAAUAUUCGAAAAUACUGGGAAAGUCUACCGUUGGUGCACAUGAAUGCUGAAAAUCGUUCAUUUGUUGAAAACGUUAUUCGAGAUCAAAGCAGAUAUUAUCCUCUGUUUCAAGAUGAACCCCUCAAGACAGAAGCAGAGAAGAAACCCAUUAAGAAUACGCUUUGCAAGAUGGGCUUUCGCCCCGCCCAUGUUGAUGAGUCGCUAGAUUAUUGCCGAGAUGUGGACUCUGCGUUGGAUUGGCUAUGCUUACAUGUUCCUGAGGAUGACUUGCCUAGCAACUUCUUGAGUCCAAAGUACAACCCGAAUAUGACUACCAUAUCGCAUACCACCAAAUCGCUUGGAAAAGACUGGCUAAUUCAAAGAAUGUCUACUUUGGGAUUCCCACAAACUCUAUGCGCAAGUGCUUUAGAAGAAGCUGGUGGAGAUGAAACCGGAGCUUUGAAAAUACUUCUGCAACGUCUGAUCGAGGACGAGGAUCAUACAGAAACGGCCAGUAAUCCCGAUGUCUCGCAAGAAGAAUUAGAGGGAAUGAGACAGGACGAGAUUUUAGCCUUGGAAUCUAUUUACGAAAACGGCGUGAAUAUUAAGAAUGAGAAUGACAAUAUGAAUUUUGAAAUCGACAUCAAACCAUCCAGUGGUGAAACGCUCCCAACCAACGGUUGUCCGGUUACCUUAGAAAUACAGAUUCCCAAAAGCUCCAACUAUCCGUACGAACUUCCUCUAUUCAUCAUACACUGCGAAGCGCUACCAUCCUAUAUCCGUCUAGCUUGCAUGAAGCAAGUGAUGCAAGAGGCAAGAUCAAACAUCAACAUGCCUAUGAUUUACAUGUGUAUUGAAUAUUUGAACGAAAACAUUGUAAACCUCAUACAUAACCCUCCAAAAUUGAGAGAUGUCACAGAGUCAUUCAUUUCUGCACCUUCUAUCCCAGCUCAAAAGAAGAAAACAUCUAAACAACAGACACAGCGCAAACGAAAACUUACAGAGAAAGAAUUGACCGAUUUGUCUCAAAAACUUGUGGAAAAACUGAACGAGAUGAACUUAGCCGAGCAGUAUCAAGCCAUUGGCAAAGUUCGCAACAAUCUCCCGGCUUAUACCUUCAAAGAGCAAGUUGUAAACGCUGUGUUGAAAAAUCAGGUCGUUAUCGUUUGUGGAGAAACUGGAUGUGGCAAAACUACUCAAGUUCCUCAAUUCAUUCUUGAUCAGGAGAUCAAGAGCAAGCAAGGCUCCAAAUGUAAUAUAAUCUGUACGCAGCCUAGACGUAUUUCCGCCAUUGGUGUUGCAGAUCGUGUUGCUACGGAACGUUGUGACAUUGUAGGAAAUUCGGUUGGAUAUUCAAUAAGAGGAGAGACAAAAUCGUCUUCAAACACGAACCUAUUGUUCUGUACCACUGGUGUUCUCUUGCGUAGACUACAAUCUGACCCUCUACUGGAAGGUGUUAGUCACAUCAUGGUUGAUGAAGUCCACGAACGUUCAGUUGACAGCGAUUUCUUGCUGGUUCUCUUACGAGAUGUUUUGAGCAAACGAAAGGACAUCAAGCUUGUACUGAUGAGUGCCACCAUCAAUCAGAAAUUGUUUUCAGAUUACUUCAACAAGGCACCCACUAUUGAAAUUCCCGGAUUCACCCAUUCCGUCACUGAUUACUAUCUGGAAGACAUUUUGGAAAAGACGGGUCACAAAUCUAACCUUAAAACGCAGAAGAAGAAAGCAGGAGACAGUGACUUGGCAACGUGGCAGCAGCAAUACCGAAAUGCUGGUUACAGUGAUUCGACGGUGAAAGCGCUAGAACCGUACCGCAACCAAGACAGUAUUGAUUACGAACUGAUUGCCAGUACUGUCAAGUACAUUACUGAGAACGACGUAAAGAUGGACAACGGCUUGGGGGCUAUUCUUAUCUUCUUGCCUGGUGUUAUGGAAAUUAAACGAUGUCUUGACAUGAUAGACGACUUCCUUCCAAACAAGUCAUCGUUCGAACUAUUUCCUCUUCACGCUGGAUUAUCUUCUCAAGAGCAAGCCCGUGUGUUCAAGUCUGUGCCGAAGACUGUGCGCAAAAUUGUUGCAGCCACUAAUGUUGCCGAAACUAGUAUUACCAUUGACGGAAUUAUAUAUGUCAUUGAUAGUGGCCGAGUGAAAGAGACGCAGUUCGACGCUGCUACGAAUAUGAUGCGACUCGUAGAAACUUGGGCAUCUCGUGCUUCAUGCAAGCAGCGAAGAGGUCGUGCCGGCCGUACUCGUCCUGGACAGUGCUUUAAGCUAUAUACUCGUGAAGCGGAGGGUAACAUGCAAGCCCAGCAAACCCCAGAGCUUUUGCGAACACCAUUGGAGCAACUUUGUCUUCAAAUCAAGGCUAUGGGAGAAAGCGACGUGACGAAGUUCUUGCAAAGAGCCAUUGAUCCGCCAUCAAUGCAGGCAUUAGCCCAAGCUAUCGUUACUCUCAAGAACGUAAGUGCUAUAGAUGAAACUCCUGAAGGAAAACUCACAGCGCUCGGAAAACAUAUGGCAAAUAUUCCUGCCGAUCUCAAAAUUAGUAAAAUGAUAUUGUUUGGUGCUGUUUUCCGCUGUUUGGAUCCUAUCCUGAUUAUCGCUGCUAUCAUGUCCUUCAAGAGCCCGUUCUACUCUCCCAUGGAGCAACGUGACGAAGCGCGAAAGGCACGGGAAAAGUUCUUUGUUGGAAAUAGUGACUGGCUAACAGAUAUGAGAGCAUACCAAGAAUGGGACAGCCUUAGGAAGCAAAAAGUGGGCCAGAGCGCACUGCGAAAGUUCUGCGAUCAGAAUUAUUUGGCAUACAAUACUCUGAUGGAAAUCAGUUCUUUGAAAAAGCAGCUGCUAGAGGCUCUUCAAGGUGUCGGAUUCGCGCAAAACAAGAGCGACUACGAAAUAUACAACAAAAAUUCUGAAAACAUUAACCUUAUCAAAAGCAUCAUUUUCGCUGGCUUGAACCCUAAUAUCGUCAAGGUUAAUCUUCCUGAUGCUAAAUAUGAUAAGGUGCUUUCUGGUACCGUUGAACGUGAAAAAGAAGCACGAGAAAUCAAGUUCUAUACCAAAGACGACGGACGCGUAUUCGUUCAUCCAUCAUCCAUGUUAUUUAGCGUGACAAACUACUCCCCUCCAUUCUUGACCUAUUUCUCGAAAAUGGCAACGUCCAAAACGUUCCUUCGCGACGGCACAGAAAUUCCAUUGUACUCCAUUUUGCUCUUCGGAGGUACAGUCAAGGUAGAUCACCACAAUCGUGGUCUGUCUGUUGGUAGUGACUCCUGGAUUAAAAUGAGAGCAUGGCCUCGAAUUGGUACAUUGGUGCACCAACUUCGUUGGCUACUCAACUCACUUUUGGACGCCAAAAUUGAGGACCCAUCAUUAGAAGUAACAACAUCACCAAUCAUAGAUGCCAUGCUAAAGCUGAUCAGCAGCGAUGGCGUGUAAUAGAUAAUAGACGUGUUUAAGUGUGGAUAACUUCUUUAUAAUACAAUGUUGAAAGAUAGAGUCUCAAACAUAUUACAGUCGACUAUUUCACUCUAACAUUUCCUUGUUGUGCAGUUGAUGGUUGAGCAGCCUCUC